AGUGGGGCAGAGACGGCACAGUCCAUUUUGAAAAGGCAUUCCUGCAACACUUGGUCAAUGCACCGAAGCUUCAGCUCGAGCAGACCGCGCUUAAUGAAAACCUGCUGUCGGCUUUCGCGUAAAGGCGCAUAGUUGGGGGGUGGUGAGAGCCCUGCUGGGGAGAGGCGAGGGGAUUUGGGGAGAAUUUACGGGUCGUCUAAAUCUUUCCUUUGAGAGGGAGCUCAAUAGAAACUAUAAACCAUGCUUUUUGAAAUACGUGGCUUCAGGUUUUCCUCUUCUGCAAGGAUGUUGGCAGCUCUGGUAUUUAUUCUGCUUUGUAUCCAGCCCGGACACGGACAGACCUGCACAGAAGGUUUCGCAUAUGACCGCAGGGCUCGACAGUGUAUAGAUGUGGAUGAGUGCCGUACCCUGCCAGAUGCUUGCCGCGGAGACAUGCGCUGUGUGAACCAGAACGGAGGCUACCUGUGCAUCCCGAGGACCCUGUACAACCAGCCCUACAGACCGGAGACCCCGGGGCUGCCCGAGCCAGCCUACCCGGACACAUCGGUGGGAUUUUCAGACACCUUCCUCCCCGCUGGCCCCCGAUCUGUGGAGCCCAGCUACCCCAGAGUGAGGAGCACCGCGCAGUGUCUCCUGGGAUAUACUGCUGCAGAGGACGGCACCUGUAACGACAUUGACGAAUGUGAGACAAACUCCCAUCACUGUAACCCCACCCAGGUCUGCAUCAACACAUUAGGUGGCUACACCUGCUCCUGCACUGAGGGAUACUGGCUCAUUGGAGGACAGUGUCAGGACAUUGACGAAUGUCGCUAUGGUUACUGCCAACAGCUGUGCGCCAACGUCCCCGGUUCGUACUCCUGCUCCUGUAACCCCGGCUUCAUCCUCAACCCAGAAGGCAGGACCUGUCAAGAUGUGGAUGAGUGUGAGGAUGAGCCGUGCAGUCACGGCUGCUUCAACACCUACGGCUCCUUCAUGUGUAACUGUGACGAGGGAUUCGAGCUGGCGUCGGACGGCACCACCUGCAUCGACUUGGAUGAAUGCAGCUUCUCUGAGUUUCUGUGUCAGCACAGAUGUGCUAACACACCUGGCUCUUUCUCUUGCAUCUGUCCACCUGGAUAUUAUGUGUACGAGGACGGCCGGAGCUGUGAAGAUAUCAAUGAAUGUGACACUGGUAACAACACCUGUACAACAGCACAAGUAUGUUUCAAUUUCCAGGGAGGCUACACAUGCCUGGAUCCUUUACAGUGUCACUCUCCUUACAUCGAAGUCAGUGACAAUCAGUGCAUGUGUUCAGCUGAGAACCCUGCCUGCAGGGACAAGCCCUUCACCAUUCUGUACCGACACAUGGACUUGUCGUCGGGGCGCAGUGUGCCUGCAGACAUCUUCCAGAUGCAGGCCACCACGCGCUACCCAGGCGCCUUCUACAUCUUCCAGAUAAAGUCGGGCAACGACGGGCGGGAGUUUUACAUGAGGCAAACCAGCAACGUGAGCGCCACCUUGGUCCUGUCCCGGCCAAUCAAGGGCCCGAAGGAGGUGGUGCUGGACCUGGAGAUGGUCACCGUCAACAACGUCAUCAACUUCAGAGGCAGCUCCAUCAUCCGUCUGACGAUAUUUGUAUCGGAGCAUCCGUUCUGAGGGUCUCACAUGAACAGACGUCACAUCAGACAGCUCAUCACUUUUUUUUUUUUUUUUUUUUAAACAUUAUGUCAUCCUCAAUAAAGACACGUCCGAUAAAGACUCAGACAAAGUUGUGCUGAUGGGAAAUCCUCCGUCUGCUCGAAGCCCCGCCCUGGUUUAAUGGACACUGAGCUUUUAUGGCUGAGAUACUUUCACACAGACGGAUAUUUAUGGUGUACAAUUUCUGACAUCCUCUAUUUAGAAAACGACCUGAAAAUGAUGGAAAUG